UCGAGGCGAAAACAUAUGUUGAAAUCUUAUGUUUAUUGACACAUUGUGCCGGUUUAGAAUUAUAAUUAAUUCUUGAGAUAUUAACAAUUUUGUUGACCAUAUAUAUAAAUAAAUCAAGAGACAUGUCUUUUAUUGGACGCGCUAUUUUACGCCAAGUGCCGUUGUUGGGCAAAAAUGUUGCUCGUCAGUCAAAGCAAUUCGAACGUCUGUUGCAUCAGACGGCCCCAGUUUGCGCUGUACGCGUCCAACAGCCAGCUCCAGACUUUAAAGGUUUGGCCGUUGUGGGCAAUAACUUUCAGGAGAUUAAACUGGAGGACUAUAGGGGAAAGUAUUUAGUUCUCUUUUUCUACCCGUUGGACUUCACAUUUGUUUGUCCAACGGAAAUUGUUGCAUUUAGCGAACGCAUUAAGGAGUUCCAAGACAUCAAUACCGAGGUGGUUGGAGUCUCGGUCGAUUCGCAUUUCAGUCACUUGUCUUGGUGCAAUGUGGAUCGCAAGAACGGAGGCGUUGGUCAACUCAAUUAUCCACUGCUCUCCGAUCUAACCAAGAAAAUAUCUACCGACUAUGAUGUUCUCUUGGACAAAGAAGGCAUCUCCUUGCGAGGCACAUUCAUCAUUGAUCCCAAUGGCAUUCUACGCCAGUAUUCCGUCAAUGAUUUGCCAGUUGGCCGAUCGGUUGAUGAAGUUCUACGUCUUAUCAAGGCUUUCCAAUUUGUUGAACAGCACGGCGAAGUGUGCCCGGCCAAUUGGAAUCCAAAGUCCAAUCCAGCUACCAUUAAACCAGAUGUAGAUGAGUCCAAGCAAUACUUUGCCAAGCAUGGUUGAAAAUAAUGAAUUAUCCACAUUACACCACAUACAUUUUGAAAGAACCUAAAACAUUCACAUCCAAAUCCUCCAUACGUAAAUGUAUAUACAAAAAGACAUAAAAAUAAACCGAUCCUGAGUGGGAAAUAACAUUUGUUUGAAGGGGAAGUACGGAAGUAUUACCCUAAUCUACAAAGAUGUAGUCCAGGACAGAUCAACAAAUGGAAA